AUGCCACACUCGGUCCAUCCCACGCCACGGGAAAAUACGCCUGACGCACGCGAAGAGCAAGACCUUUCAAGGUUCUGGUGGAACCUCAGCAUCCCGCAGGAGCAAUGGACAGAAGAGUGUCCGCCAUAUUUGCUUGGGCAGAGCGAGAAGGACAUUGGGAUCUUGAGCCGCAAGGAUGAGGAAUUUGCACGAAUUACUUGGCAACAAGUCGAGGAACUAGUUCGGACAAACAACAUUCACCAUUUCCAUCGGUGCUCAAGCCAGCUCCGGGCCUACCUUGGCUAUGUCUACCAUCUCAAGAAAACCUACGGCUCUGUUCUCUCAUAUAUCCAACAACACCGACUCCAUUGGCCCACCAUCACUCCCAGCGGAGAUCCGCCAUUCUAUAACCCUUCAGACUACAAGAUUCUAUGUAACGACUGGCCGUACUUUGUCGAGAAGGGGAUAGAGCAUCUCGUCGUAUGGACGAAAUUUCAGAUCGACGAAGUUGAAGAGACGGGGGAGGUGACCCCGGAGGCGAUGAGGCAGGUCGACGAGUUGAUUAGGAUGACGUUCUGCGAGGGAGAAACUGGAAAGAGGAUGGAGAGAGAGAAGAUUGUAUGGUUCAAGAACUGGAAGAUUUUAAAAAGUGUGCAUGCGUUAGGCAAUCGCUCUUCCUCAGAGGACCAACGAGAAGCGAACGAUGAGGACACUAUGGUCAUCGAACCCGAGCAGGGAAACAUCCUGUUACACAUCAUCUCGCAAUUGCGCCCUGGCGCCGACCUGUCUAGGAUCACCCUCCCAACCUUCAUCCUCGAGGAAAGAUCGAUGCUGGAAAGAAUAACGAAUUUUAUGGCACAUCCUGAUACACUCCUCCCGAUGCCCUCCAUUGACGACCCGAUCGAACGAUUUGUCUCGGUCGUCAAGUUCUACCUCAGUGGCUGGCACAUUAGACCUGCUGGUGUCAAGAAGCCCUUGAACCCCAUCCUUGGGGAAACAUUUACUUGCUGGUGGGAAUAUCCGGACAAGACGCGAGGCUACUAUAUCGCGGAGCAGACCUCGCACCACCCGCCAAAGUCUUCGUAUUUCUUCAUGGCGCCACACCACCAUAUUCGGGUUGAUGGUACUUUGAAACCCCGCAGUAAGUUUCUGGGGAAUUCGGCCGCCAGCAUGAUGGAAGGCAUAUCGUACUUGAGAUUCACCAACAGAGGAAAGUCCAAGGGCGGCGAAAAAUACAUCCUAACGCAACCCAACAUGUACGCUCGAGGGAUUCUUUUCGGCAAGAUGAAGUACGAAUUGGGCGACCAUUCCUACGUGCGGUGUCCCGAAAACGGUCUGGCGGCAGACAUUGAAUUCAAGACCAAGGGCUGGGUUGGAGGCACCUACAAUGCCAUUGGGGGUUCUAUCAGAAAUGAGCGGACGGGUGAAGUCCUCUACGAACUGUCCGGAUACUGGUCCGGCGAGAUGACCAUCAAGGACACCAAGACUGGCCAAAAAAAGAUCCUCUUCGACGCCACGCAUGCCAAACACGCCCCGCCUUUGACUCGACCGAUCGAGGAACAGGGAGAACGAGAAUCUCAAAAACUUUGGAAGUCGACGAUACAGGCGGUGCUCGCGAGGGAUCACGAAGUCGCUACGGCCGAGAAAGCAAAGAUCGAAGACCGGCAGAGAGAAGAGGCUAAACGGAGAGAAGAAUUGGGUGUUGAGUGGAAGCCCAAGCUGUUUCGAAGAGUGGAUGCACGACCUGGAUCCCCUGAAGAAGGCGAGGAGGAUUUGGAGUGGAUCAUCAACGCCCAUUUGGAUCCUAAAGCCAGCCCGGAUGAGUUGAUUGAAAAGAUCCUUUCAAUAGCUCCGAUACUUCCGGGUCAAGUUGUGGAAGACUCUGAACAAGACACAAGGCGCCACUCGCUCCAGCACCGCGAAAAUACGACUCAACAAGCCACCGGCCAUCCUGAUCAGAGCCAUCUACACGCCUCGGACAAUCUGAUUGAUUUCGAUUCUCGGCCACCAAGCACAGCGCCGCCGGAGGAUCACCCCAAGCAGCCACAUUCACAACCACAACAGACCGCACAGCAGAAGACAGCGAAUUUGAUGGACGAUGACAGCGAAAUGUCACACAUGAACAACCAAAUGUCGAAGAUGAACAUGCAUGAAGUCAUGACCCGCACGAUCCUCGGCGUCGGCGCACUCCUCGGUGUCGGGGCGCUCGCCGUGACCCAGCUGUCCAUCCAGUCCCAGGAACGCCAGUACAAGAAGACCCUGCAGUACAUGCACGACGGGCGGGAGAAGAUCCAGGAGCGCAUGAACCAGAUGGCCAACAGCGUGGCGGGGAAGAAGUAA